UGCUACUUGUGCACACGCGCCUUUGCCCGCAAACACGAUCUCCAACGACACAUCCGAGUCCACACCGGAGCAAAGCCCUACGCCUGCCUGUGCUGCAAAAAGGCGUUUGCACGCACCGAUGCGCUGAAGAGACACCUGCGCAUGGAGGAAGCAUGUCGCACAAGCCCCGAGAUCCAGGCCAUGAAGUGUGCCGGCAAGCGCCGU